AUGGCCGUCGGCGCCGCCCCCCAGCAUCAGGCAGCCCCUGCGGCAGACAGUGUCACCAAGCCAAUCUCAAUCGUGGUCCGGCUGCGGCCUUUUCUCUCCCACGAUGUGCAGGACGAUACCAUCACCUUCCCACAGCACCAACAGCAGCAGCAUCCAGCCGAUCGGGCGCCGUCCGCAGAGGUCGAUGCCCGCUCUGUCCUGGUCAAGAACCUGCGCGACCCAUCGGUCCAAUCCAAAUACGACUUCGCCGCCGUACAUCCGGCAGAAGACUCGCAGCAGCGAGUGUUCGACUCAUCCGUCUCACCCCUCCUCCCCGACAUCCUCGCCGGCAGGAACCUCACCCUCUUUGCCUAUGGCGUGACCGGCAGCGGAAAGACCUGGACCAUGGUCGGCCAGAGCGCGGGCGUCGACGGCGGCAGGAAGGCCAAAUCGCGCUCAAAGUACUCGGACGGCGCAGAAGUGGCCGGUGAAGACGAGGGGGUCACGCCCCGCCUGGUGCGCUGGCUCAUGAGCCAGAAGCAAGAGAGGGACAUGAUCCGCCUAGGGAAGAAGAAAAAGGCUCGCAGCAAAAAGGGCCAGGAGGAGGACGGGCGCAAGGCAACUGAACACAUCAACGUCGAGCUCGAGUGCUACGAGAUCUACAACGAGAUGGUCUUCGACCUCCUCGUAAAGGACCGCCCGCCUAGCGGCCUGCCCGUGCGCGAAAACGGCGAGCGCAAGGUCUUUGUCGCCGGGCUCUCGUGCCAGCCCGUCAACAGCUACGCCGACUUCCUCUCCCUCUUUCAGCUGGCCAACUCGCAUCGCUCCAUCGGCAGCACCAACCUCAACGCCGCAUCGAGCCGCAGCCACAUGGUCAUCUCCCUUCUGGUCCAGGUCCGCACCAUCGCCGACCCGGCAGACGACUGUGGCACUACUUCGUCGACCACCGUCAUCAGCCGCGUCAACCUCGUCGACCUGGCGGGCAGCGAGAACAACAAGCUGACCGGCAACAGCAAGGAGCGCCUCACCGAGUCGAGCGCCAUCAACAAGAGCCUCUUUGUCCUCGGCCAGGUGGUCCAGGCGCUCAACACGGGCGCCUCCCGCAUCCCUUACCGCGACUCAAAGAUGACGAUGAUCAUGCGCGACGCCCUCGGCGGCGGCGGCGGGAGCAGCGGUAGCGGCACUUCUCGUGCUCACGGCGUCCUCAUCGCCAACCUCGCGCCCGGUGCCAAGUUCUACAACGAUACUGUUGCCACGCUCAACUUUGCCAGCCGUACAAAGACUGUCGAGAACCGGGUCGGCGUCAACAGCCAGAGCAGCAGCGGCAACAGCAGCAGCAGCAGCGGCCAUAGCUUGUCGGCUCCUCCAGCAUCGAGGCUCACGGCCAGCCAGCCUGCCCCCGCCCGGCCGCUCAAACCGCUCGCCAGCGCCGCUCUCGCGAGAUCCGCCUCGCAGCCCAAGCCGACGCUCGGCAAGAGCAACGGCGCGCGAGCACCGCUGACCACGAAGAAUGCCAACAUCAUCUCCCAGCGGCCACUGCAAACGCUGACCACGGACGCCAAACCGCUCAAGCGUCCCCUCCCGCCAGCCACAGCCGCAAUGAAAGCGGCACAUGCUUCAGCCGAGCCGAAGAAGGCGCGAAUGGACAGCGCUACCCCCGCAUCGACCUCGUCCAAUCUCAAGACGCCAGACUACACGGCGCUCGAAGCCCGUCUCGAGAUGCUCGAGCGGCGGCUGGCUGAGCAGAGCGCAUCGACGGCCCCAGAGUCGCUCAGCACAUCAGCUGCGCUGCCCGAUCUCCUCUCGCCAGCGACGAGGAACAAGACAGCCAGGGCCGCCGUCCUGCUGGCGCGGAUGGCCGAGGAAAAGGGUGGGGUUGAUGCUCUGCGAGAGGCGCUCAAGCAUUACGAGCAGGCGCUCCUCUACGCUCCAAGCAACGAGAGGCUGGCCGGCAGGGUGAAGGAGUGCAAGGAGGCCCUCUCGCUCGGCAUCGACCUCAAGAAGCUGAGGGCGAAGCGGAAGCGCGAGGACAAGCAGGGCCUGGGCACCGCAGGGGCGAAGGCCAAGUUGCCGAGGCACCUGGACAUCGAGAUGCGGAUGCUCAACGCCAUCGAAGGCGAGGCACCCUUGACCUUGCCUCUGCCUCCAGCAAACCAGCAGGCCCGGCAAGGCGAGUCAGGUUGUGUGGAGCAGGCGAUUGCGGCCAGCGCGGCAGCAACUACCACGGCGGACGCCUCGUCCUCUCGCCGCGCAAAGACUACGGCGAAAGCUCCAAGAGCCGGCGCCGCCUCAGCCACUGCCAAGCCGGCAGCACGACGAGUCAAGCGCAGCUCGCUGGACGACGAGCCGGACGCCGGCGACCACUCGUCUUCCUCUUCAUCAGAAGACAGCGACGUCUUCGUGAUGGACGAGGACGACGUCGGCGACGAAAGCGAGUAUCUCGUCACCGUCAAGCCCUCUGCACGACCAGCGCCGGCUCGCAAGGCAGCGACGAGAGCGACCAAGAAGGUCAAGGCCGAGCCGGAUGUCGCAGCAGAGCAAGCGCCGGAGCGGGAGCUUUCGCCGAUCCGGGGUGACACGCCCGGCGUUGCAGAAGCGGACGUGAACGAGGCAGAGGACGAAGGCGACGCGGUUGACUCGACGUUCGCACGGGCUGUCGCACACUUCAGCUACGACGGCCCGGCCGCCUCCAAGGCUACUCCACCCGUCAUCCACGCCGCCCCGCCAAAAGCCCGAAGGAAACGCAAGUCGGCCAGCGUCGACGGGGCGGAUCCCACCUCGACAAGCACGCUGCCGGCUGAACCCAAAGCCAAGCGAACACGCAAGGCGGCUGACGGGGCCACCCGCACCACGCCGGCCAAGAAGACGCGACGAACCAAGACUCCCGACUCCGCCGAGCCGCUGGCGCUGGCGCUUCCGCUUGCCGCACUGGCCGACCCCCUUGCCACGGAAGCGACAACGGUGGCGCCAACGAUCGAGGACGCUACGCCUGUUGACCUUUCGCACAUACCCAUCACGAGCAUCCGACCGCUGGUGCGGUGCACGCUGUGCGCGCGACCCUUCCCGUACUCCCGCAGCGGACCGGGCAAGCUGGCGCACCUGGUCAAGUGCGCCACGACGCUCGGCCUGUCGGCAUCGACGGUGUCGUCGACCGUCGAGACCGAGAUGCGGCGUCUCUCGCUCGUCGCGGCCGAGGAGCAGCGCAGGGAGGAGGAGAACAAGACGCUGUUCGAGGUGACGCUCAAGGAUCGCGUCGUCGUCCGAAGGGAGGCUGCGAAGCGAGCCUCGUUGCACGACGACGACGACGGCGACCGGGAGGGGGCCGGGGGCAAGAAGGGCAAGAAGAGGACUGCGGCGCAGGCCAAGGCCGUCAAGAGGGGCGGGGCGGUGCUGGGUCUCGAGGGGGCGGGAUGCGAGAUCCAGAGUCCGAACAGGGAGACGCGGAGCGAGGCGAGGAGAAAGGCCGAGGCUUUGCUGGGUCUGCCUCGCCUCGCCUCGUCGAGUGGCGGACAGAAGAGGUACGAGGACGAGUUUGACCUCGACCCCGCUUCACCCUCGACGAAGGACGCCUUGGCGGGAGGAGGAGGAGGUGGUGGGGAGGGAGAGGGAGACGCGGAGGCGGACGAGAAGAAGUUCCUCGAGAAGCUCCUCUCGCAGCGGUUCGGCGGGAGCGGCGGCUCCCGUAGCGGGGGCAGCACCACCUUUGCCUCGCCCUCUGCCUCUGCGGCGGCGAAGCAGAGCCAAGGUCGGGACGAUGGCGGCCUGGCGCAGCACCAUCUCGACGAGACCAGCCCAUACGGCACGGCGGCGAUGGUGCCGGGCGACGGGGUCGACGACGUCGAGAGCGACGCCGCAUCGUCUCUGCCGUUGCAGACGCAGCCGUUUGCGCCGUCGCGCCUGGCCAUGCGCUUCUCGCGCUCGUCCACCAUCGUCAUCUCGUCACACUCGCACUCGCACUCGCACUCGUCCUCGUCGUCGUCAGCGGCGGCGGCGUCGACGUCGUCUUGCCGCACCGAGGAGCCGGGAAAGGCGUCGAUGAGGAAGGGUCUGUUUAUGGAUCGCGGAGAGUCGGCUCGCGGCUUACUCGAAACUAUUCGCCGUGGCGGCGGUGGCGGUGGGUAG